AUGUUGAGCUGGGUCCAGAAGGUGCUGCCUCAGCCUUUGGGGACCUCUCAGAAGACCACGAUGGAGGAUAAGCUGGGGUCAAAGCUGGAGCUGGAGCCAGAACUGGAGCCGGAAGCAGAAUGGAAGCCAGAGCAGGAGCCUGAAAAGGUCCCUGAGAAGGCGGAGGUAGAGAAUAUGCCCUUGCCACAAGAGGAGCCAUUUGAUGGGGAGGAAGUGACCACGGCUGGCCCACGCCCUGACGAGACCCAGGAGGCUACCCAUCCUCUGCUCACAUCCCUCCAGGCCCGGGUCACUGUGGAUCCAGAAGUAAACAGUCCCAGCGGCUGGAUGCUGACCUGGCUCAGGAAGGGCAUGGAGAAGGUUGUCCCACAGCCCAUCCAUAGUGGUGGGGCAGCUCGGAACAUCACUCCUGGCGUGAAGGACCAGGCUCAGGGUAGAGUACAGAUCCUUGAGUGCUGCAGCAUGGGGGAUCCAGGAGAGUGUGCAGAUGGACCUAGUGAGGGCCUGGACACUGGGCCCAGGCUCUGGCUGCUCAGCUGGCUCGAGCAGAAUCUGGAGAAAGUGUUGCCUCAGCUCCCCAAAACCUCCAAGGGCUGGAGAGCUGAGCCUGCAGGCAUUGUCCUGGACCCAGAGCCCCCAGGAGCCUCCUUGGAUAUGGAACCUACGCUUCAGGCCCAGGAGAACCCCUCUGCACCUACCCCCAGUCCCCUGGAACCCGAGAAGGAGCCAGCUUUAGAGCCCCAGCCUGGUGUUCAGGCCUCCUCCCUGCUUCCAGCAGGGGACCCAGGCAGGUUGGUGGCAUGGGUCCUGCAAAGGCUGGAGAAGGCGCUACCACAGCCGGUGAUCCACGGAACGACUGGGGAGCAGGGACCUGACACUCCUGAGAUGUGUGAAGUGCAGACCAUUAGCAUCCUCCCCGGAGGACAAGUGGAGCCCGAGCUCCAGCUCAUCCUUGAGGAGGUGGACCCUGACUGGGAGAAGGUGGAGCCCGAGGAAGCCAGAACCAGCCUGCAGGGCACAGAGGCAACUCCUGCUAUGCCUACCCAGGACGAGUGCUGGGAGGCGGAGAAGACAUCCAGGGAGCUACCCCAGAUUCAAGAGGAGAAAGAAGAUGAAGAGGAGGAGGAAGAGACUGAUGUCUUUGCCCUGCUGGAUAACUGCCUAGUGGAGGAGGCAGGCGCGAACACAAGCGGAGAGCUGCAGAAGGAGACUGCCUCCCACUCAGGAGCACUGAGGGAAAGCCAGACAGUGAAGGGUCCACCCACCCUGGAGGUGGAACAAACUCCAUUCAAGUCCCUGCAGAGCCUGGUGCGCUACGGUGUGGAGCAUUCCCCAGGGGCUCGCCUUAGCUGGCCCAGCACCAUGGCUAAACCAGGCCGGGACAUGGAACUGAAUCGCCUGGUCCAGGAUCAGCCACCUGGCCAGGUGGCCACUGGGCCUGUCCCUGCAAUCCUGGUGGAGCAUCUCCCCAAUGUGCCCAGCUACCGCCCCCCAACCACCCGCAUCCCUAUCCUCAUCUCCCGGAGGACAACCUUGUCCAAUUCCAGCUUCGCCAAGGAAACCAGGAGCUCCAUCCGUCGCCUAGUGCCUGCCACCAAAGAGCAUCCGGAGGUGCAGGUGGAAGACGCUGAUGCGGACAAACUCCCGCUCAUCUCGGAGGAAAAGCCGCCCUCGCCUGUCUUGCCGCCACCUUCUCCUGCCAAAUCAGACACCCUCACGGUCCCAGGCUCAGCAGCAGGUUUCCACAGGAAGAGACUGCCCUCCCAAGAUGAUGAGGCUGAAGAGCUCAAGAGACUGUCGCCAGCAGAAUCCCCUGUGGUCGCCUGGUCAGACCCCACAACCCCACAGGGGACAGAUGGCCAGGACCGCGCUGCCUCAACAGCCAGUCAGAACAGUGCUGUCAUCAACGACCGGCUCCAGGAGUUGGUGAAGUUGUUCAAGGAGCGGACAGAGAUGGUCAAAGAGAAGCUCAUUGAUCCUGAUGUCACUUCCGAUGAGGAGAGCCCCAAGCCCUCCCCGGCCAAGAAAGCCCCCGAGCCAGCCCCGGAUGUGAAACCAGAGGAUACAAAACAGACAGAGGAAGAGCACUACUGUGAGAUGCUCUGCUGCAAGUUCAAACGCCGCCCUUGGAAGAAGUACCGGUUUCCCCAGAGCAUCGACCCGCUGACCAACUUGAUGUACAUCCUGUGGCUGUUCUUUGUGGUCUUGGCCUGGAACUGGAACUGUUGGUUGAUCCCCGUGCGCUGGGCCUUCCCCUACCAGAGGCCAGACAAUGUGCACCUCUGGCUGUUCAUGGAUUACCUGUGUGACUUCAUCUACAUCCUGGACAUCAUCGUGUUCCAGCUGCGUCUGCAGUUUGUCAAAGGCGGGGACAUCAUUACGGACAAGAAGGAGAUGCGGAAUAACUACUUGAAAUCUCGCCGAUUCAAGAUGGACCUGCUAUGCCUCCUGCCCUUGGACCUUCUCUACUUGAAAUUUGGUGUGAAUCCCCUAUUUCGCUUUCCCCGAUGCUUAAAGUACAUGGCCUUCUUCGAAUUUAACAGCCGUCUGGAAGCCAUCCUCAGCAAAGCCUACGUUUACAGGGUCAUAAGGACCACCGCGUACCUGCUUUACAGUUUACACCUGAACUCCUGUCUGUAUUACUGGGCGUCUGACUAUCAGGGCAUUGGUUCCACUCACUGGACUUACGAUGGCGUGGGCAACAGUUAUGUUCGCUGUUAUUACUGGGCUGUGAAGACCCUCAUCACCAUUGGAGGGCUGCCUGACCCACAGACACUCUUCGAAAUUGUCUUCCAGCUGCUGAACUACUUCACAGGCGUCUUUGCUUUCUCCGUGAUGAUUGGACAGAUGAGAGACGUGGUGGGGGCUGCCACCGCAGGACAGACCUACUACCGCAGCUGCAUGGACAGCACUGUCAAGUACAUGAACUUCUACAAGAUCCCCAGGUCUGUGCAGAAUCGCGUCAAGACCUGGUACGAGUACACCUGGCACUCCCAAGGCAUGCUGGAUGAGUCCGAGCUGAUGGUGCAGCUUCCAGAAAUGAUGCGGCUGGACCUCGCCAUCGAUGUGAACUACGACAUUGUCAGCAAGGUGGCGCUCUUCCAGGGCUGUGACCGGCAGAUGAUCUUUGACAUGCUGAAGAGGCUCCGCUCUGUUGUCUACCUGCCCAAUGACUACGUGUGUAAAAAGGGGGAGAUCGGCCGUGAGAUGUACAUCAUCCAGGCCGGCCAGGUGCAGGUCCUGGGCGGCCCCGAUGGCAAGACCGUGCUGGUGAUGCUGAAGGCUGGCUCCGUGUUUGGAGAAAUAAGCUUGCUGGCUAUUGGGGGUGGGAAUCGGCGCACAGCCAAUGUGGUGGCUCACGGGUUUACCAACCUCUUCAUCCUGGAUAAGAAGGACCUGAAUGAAAUUUUGGUGCACUAUCCUGAGUCUCAGAAGUUACUCCGGAAGAAGGCCAGGCGCAUGCUGAGAAAUAACAACAAACCUAAAGAGCAGAAGAGUGUGCUCAUCCUCCCACUCCGGGUGGGCACCCCCAAACUCUUCAGUGCUGCCCUAGCUGCAGCAGGAAUGAUGCGUGCCAAGGGGGCCAAAGGCGGCAAGCUUGCCCACCUCAGGGCUCGGCUCAAGGAACUGGCUGCACAGGAGGCAGCUGCAAGACAGCAACAGUUGCUGGAACAAUCACAGGGCAAAAGUUCAGAAGACGCCGCUGGAAAGACAGGCUCAGACGGCACUGACCAGCCCGCGGCCGCAGCUGAGGCCGCCCCAGACCAGCCCGUACCCCUUGCGCCCGCGCCUCUGGAUCCUCCGACACCGCGCCCUCCGCCACCUGCCUCCCCGGGGAGACCCGCGGGUGACGGGGCGAGGGUGGUCGAGCCUGAGGAGCCAUCAGUGAGGAUCCACAUGAGUCCUGGCCCAGAGACUGGCGAGCAGAUCCUGUCGGUGGAGAUCCCCGAGGAGAAGAAAGAGGAGUGA